GAAAAAGAUCUCCCCCGACCUCGCGACUCUCAUCUCCGCCAACUCCAGGGAUCACUCUCCAUCCUGCACUCCCUCUCGCGCAGCAUGGGCUCCCUCAUGGCGCACUUCCCGGCGUCGGUACGCUCCAUCCUAGAGUUGUACGGCCACCCUGUCUACGCCGAACACGCCCCCGUCGCUGCUGUCGCGCUCGCCUCCUUACUCGCCGCUUACGUGGGGUACCUCUACAUUCGAUGCCAGCGUGAAGCUGCCGUGACCUUCAAUGUGCCCUUACCGAAAGAGGUGCGGAACAGUGCUGCCGGGAAGACGUGGGAUGAGGUUCAGGGGUUUGAGAAACGGGUUCUGGAAGAUCAGGCUCGAGGGAAAUGGGAUGAGAACUUGAUUAUGAGCUAUUGUCCGGCUGAUGGACGCGUCUUGGGAAAUGGUACCAAGCCCGCGACGGUGGAGGAUGUGGAUGCCGCUGUGCGCGCGGCGAAGGGUGCGCAGCGUGAAUGGGCUCAGACGACAUUUGGCGAGCGCAGGAAGGUUCUUCGGACUCUGCUAAAAUACGUCCUCGACCACCAAGACGACAUCGUCACGGCCUGCUGUCUUGACUCCGGCAAAACCAAGGUCGACGCCUGCUUCGGCGAAAUCCUCGUUACAGCCGAGAAACUGAAAUGGACCCUCGACCACGGCGAAAACGCCCUCCGCCCCUCGCCCCGUCCCACAAACUUCCUCAUGAUGUACAAGAAGAAUACCGUUCACUACGAACCGCUCGGUGUCGUGUCCGCCGCCGUCUCCUGGAACUAUCCUUUCCACAACUUCAUCGGCCCGGUAAUCAGCGCCCUCUUCACCGGAAACGCCAUCGUCGUCAAACCAUCUGAACAAACCGCCUGGUCCUCCACCUUUUUCCUGGAAAUCGCCCGCGGUGCCUUGAUUAGCUGCGGCCACUCGCCGGACCUCGUGCAAUCCGUCGUCUGUCUCCCCAAGGUCGCAGACCAUCUUACCUCUCACAAGGACAUCGCCCACCUCACAUUCAUCGGCUCCCGACCCGUCGCACACAAGGUCUGCGCCUCGGCCGCGAAAUCCCUCACCCCUGUCUGCGUUGAACUGGGCGGCAAGGAUCCCGCCAUCGUCCUGGACGAUGCCCGCACCCUACGCAAUCUCCCCGGCUAUGCAUCAAUCCUCAUGCGCGGCGUCUUCCAAUCUGCCGGACAGAACUGCGUCGGGGCGGAGCGCAUCAUCGCCCUCCCAUCCGCCUACGACACCCUAAUCAACCUCGUCGAACCACGAAUUAAAGCCCUCCGCCUCGGUUCCAUCACCCUCGACUCCACAACCCCGGAUCUAGGCGCAAUGGUUUCACCAGGCGGCUUCGACACCCUCGAAUCCCUAAUCACCGAAGCCGUCUCCCAAGGCGCCCGCCUCCUAGCCGGUGGAAAGAGAUAUACACACCCCGACCAUCCGCACGGCCACUACUUCCAGCCCACGCUGCUGGUCGACGUAACGCGCGACAUGCGCAUCGCGCAAGAAGAGCUCUUCGCGCCCAUCUUCCUCGUUCUCCGCGCCGAGUCCGUGUCCGACGCCAUCGCCAUCGCAAACUCAACUGUCUACGCCCUCGGCGCGAGUGUCUUCGGCCACAACGCCGCGGACGUCAAUGCCUGUGUCUGCGGUAUCGAUGCGGGCAUGGUCUCUGUUAAUGACUUUGGCGCGUACUAUGCGGUGCAGUUGCCCUUUGGUGGUGUCAAGGGGUCGGGGUAUGGUCGGUUUGCGGGUGAGGAGGGUUUGCGCGGUCUUUGUAAUCUGAAGUCGGUCUGUGCGGAUCGCUUUCCUACUGUUAUGGGGACUGGGAUUCCGCCGAGAGUUGAUUAUCCGAUUCAGAAAAAAGAGGGCGCCAGGGAUGGGGUUAAGGCUUGGGAGAUGUGUAAGGGGGUUGUUGAGACCGGGUAUCAGAUUUCUGUUGGGGGGUGGAUUGCGGGCUUGGUGCGGUUGCUUGGGAAUAUGUAG